GUGAACAGCACAAAAGUUUGUACUGAUCCCCUCGACGAUCUGUCGCAGCUCCGGGACUGCAGCGUCUUCAUCAGGAUCAUCAACAAAAUGGUGGGAGCAGGAGUCCUGGGAUAUUCCUCCUCUGGGAGAGCUGGUACUGGAUCUCACCUCCUCUGUGCGAGGCUCUGGCAAAGCCCAGCACCUGCGGGAAUCCCACUUGACGUUGCAGAGCACUGCAAGCACAAAUCGGCCGCGGAGAACCUGGUCUCGGCACAGAAACUCCUGGAGGGAGAGGAGCUGGCGUUGGCCAAGGUGGCCGUGCUGCUGCUGUAUCACACCUCCAUGAGCUGCAAGAGCCCCGGGGACUGGAAUGAGUUUGACUACAACACCCAGGUUGAGCUGGCGUCGGUCCUCAAAUUUGUGCUGGACAACGAGGAGAGCCUGAAUGAGAAUCUGGAGACAUUUCUGCAGAGGAAAGUGCCGCUGUCCUCAUCCAGCUCCUCCAGCAGCAGCUCCGAGGAGCACUCCCCGCUGCUCCCGCACAAGCGAGAGGUGCGUUUCCUGGAGCUGCAGAGGACUGCCUCCUCCUCCGGCGCCAACAACAUGCUGCCCGGCCCUCCCUCCUCGCCCAUGGGGGACGUCAUGCAGACCCCCCAGUUUCAGCUGCGGCGGCUGAAGAAGCAACUGGCUGUCGAGAGAGAGAACCGGGAUGAGCUGGAGGUGGAGCUGGCAGAGAAUCGCAAGCUCCUCACGGAGAAGGAGGCUCAGAUCACCAUGAUGCAGCAGCGGAUUGACCGCCUGGCUCUGCUCAACGAGAAGCAAGCCGCAGACCAGCUGGAGCCCAAGGAGAUGGAGGAGCUGAGGGAGAAGAACGAGAGCCUGAUGGUGCGCUUGCACGAGGCCCUCAAGCAGUGCCAGGACCUGAAGACUGAAAAAGGCCAGAUGGACCGAAAAAUCAACCAGCUCUCCGAGGAGAACGGGGAUCUUUCCUUCAAGGUACGGGGUGCUGAGACCCCCAGCCACUUGGUCCAGCUGCAGGAAGCCCUGAACGAGCUCUCGGAGGAGCACAACGCGGCCCUGGCGCAGUCGCAGGAAAAGCAAGGGCAGCUGGAGAGCGAGCUGCGUGCUGCCCUGCAGGAGAAGGUGAGGGGGUCCCGGGCUGGGGGACGCGUGCCGGCAUGCAGCAGCCUCCUGGGGCUGGCUCGUGCCCUGCCGGCUCUGCGGGGAGCGGGCAGAGCCUCCUGCCCGCCCAUGCCGGCACACGGGGAGAGGCUGGAGGUGGAAGCCGCCGUGGAGCGGCUGCGGAGCACGGAGGCCGAGCUGUCCGGGGAGGUGACCCUGCUGGGCUCCAGGCUGGAGGAGACGCUGCGGGAGCACCGGCGGGACCUGGCGCACCGUGAGGAGGAAGGCGAACGCUUGCGGCAGGAGGUGGAACGGGCCAAGGCGGACUGCGCCGCUGAGCGAGCCCGCAAGGCAGAGCUGGAGGCCCAGCUGCAAAACUCCCUCAACGAGCAGAGGGUGGAGCGGUCGGUGCACCGGGAGGAGCUGGCCCGGUCCCGGGGGCUGGUGGAGGAGAAGGAGGGGGAGCUGGAGGAGCUCCGCCGGAAAAACAUCUCGCGGGGCGAGGAGCUGAGGGAUCUGCAGAAGACGGUCAGCAAGCUGAAAGGAGAGCUGGCCUCGGCGGAGGCGGCCAAGGAGCGGGCGCCCAAGGAGGACAACGAGCUGCAGGGCUCAGAGGCUGCCCGGAGCAGGGAUGCGGCUGCCUGCUCAAAGGAGAUGUCCCUGAAAAGCUCGGAGGAGAAGAGCCGUCACAGGGAGCAGGAAUCCAGCUCGAUCCAAGACCUUUACCAGGAGAAGCUGAAGGAGACCCAGGCGCUGCGUUUGCAAGUGGAGGGGCUGGAGCAGAAGUGCAGGGAGCAGCAGGAGGCCCUGGCCGCCCUCGAGCGAGCGGCGGCCGAGGUGGCGAGAGCAGAGCGAGCGGAGCUGGAGGCCUCGAGGAGGGAAGUGGCCCAGCAGAAGGAGAAGGCGUUGGAGCUGCAGAAGCUGCUGGAGGGCUCGAGGUGCUAGGAGGAGAUGGAGAAGCAGCGGUUGGCCAUCGAGGCCCUGAAGAGAGACAGACACUGCCAGAGCGAGCGGGAGGACGAGCUGCGGCAGGAGGUGAAGGUCUGCCAGGACAAGUGCCUCCAGAAGGAACAGCUCCUCGCCGCCCUGCAGCAGGAGCUCGGCAGUGCCCAGGCGCUCGCCGGGGAGCUGCCGGCGCUGAAGCACCUCUGCCAGCCGCUGGUGGAGCAGCUGGAGGUGUUUCAGAAAGAACGCGCUAAGCAGGUGGAGGAGCUGAAUAAAAAGCUGACCCAGCAUGAGAAGGCCACCCGAACCCAGCAGCAGAGGGUGAAAGUGCUGGAAGGGGAGCUGCAGGCAGAAGCCACCCGCCAGCAGGAGAAGGUGGCAGAGCUGCAGGCGCAGCUCGCCCAGAAGGAGCAGGCGGCCGAGCACUACAAAGGCCAGAUGGAGAAGGCAAAAACUCACUACGACGCAAAGAAGCAGCAGAACCAGGACCUGGCGGAGAAGCUGAAGGCCAUGGAGCAGCUGCAGAAGGAGAACGCGGAGCUCCGGAGCGAGGCGGAGAAGUUGGCCAAGGAGCUGCAGCAGAGCGUCCUGCAGGCCAAGGAGUCAGAGCUGAGCUGCAGGAACCUCACCAGCCAGGUCCACAGCCUGGAGGCUCAGGUGGAGUUUGCCAAUCGGCAGCUACGGGAGCUUGGCAAGUUCCAGGUGGUGACGGACACGCUGAAGGGCCGGGAGACUUUCCGGCAGAACCCCGCUGAUAUCAGCGCCGACAGCCUCGACCUCAAUCUCUGGAUCUCCCCCUCCCAGAAACAGGCCAAGACCGAGGAACCGGGCAGCGCCGAUGUCUCCUUCUGCAGCAUCCCGGCAUCUCAGCCCCCCAGCGCCGCUCCUGGCAAGGGCCGGCUGCGCUCGGCCGCCUCCACCCGCUCCCUCGCCAGCUUCCCCUCCCAGGAGUCCCUUGUCAAGCUGGAAACCUCCUCCCCGCAGGAGCCCCCCAGCAAUUCGGCGCUGCUGGGCCUCCCCGGCUACCGGCCGGUCACUCGCAGCUCCCUGCGGCGCAUGCAGGGUGGCAGCAGCUCCAGCCUGGGUGCGUGCAGGCAGGGCGGCCGGGGGGCUCUGGCCCGGCUUUGGGGGGGGGGGGGGGGGGCAGAGCUGGCAGGGGGCGGCUGA